AUGGAACCUCAACAACCACAAGGGAGCCAACCAAACGAGGAUGGUGGCAGUGGAAAAGGGGGGUUUCUGAGCAGGCAAAGUAGUACACGGUGGACUCCCACAACCGACCAGAUAAGAAUAUUGAAGGACCUUUACUACAACAAUGGAAUUAGAUCCCCAAGUGCAGAGCAGAUUCAGAGGAUCUCUGCUAGGCUGAGGCAGUACGGUAAGAUUGAAGGCAAGAAUGUCUUUUAUUGGUUCCAGAACCACAAAGCUCGAGAAAGGCAGAAGAAAAGGUUCACUUCUGAUAAUGUGCCCAUGCAAAGAGCUGCUCCAACUAAUGCUGCUCCUUGGAAACCUGAUCAAGAUCCUAUUCAUACCAAGUAUUCUAACAUUUCUUCUACUGGGAUCUCUUCUGCAUCAUCUUCUUCUGUUGACAUGGUUCAUGUGGGGCAGAUGGGGAAUUAUGGCUACGGUUCUGUGCCCAUGGAGAAAAGUUUUAGGGACUGCUCAAUAUCUGCCGGGGGUAGCAGUGGCCAUGUUGGAAUAAACCACAACUUGGGAUGGAUCGGUGUGGAUCCAUAUUCCUCAGCCUACGCCAACUUCUUUGACAAAAUAAGGCCAACUGAAGAAACCCUGGAAGAAGAACAAGAAGAGGAUGGUGCUACUGAGAUUGAAACUCUCCCUUUAUUCCCUAUGCACGGUGAGGACAUUCAUGGUUAUUGCAACCUCAAGUCUAAUUCUUACAACUAUGAUGGAAACGGCUGGUAUCAUACUGAAGAUGGGUUCAAGAAUGGUUCUCGUGCUUCUUUGGAGCUCAGUCUCAACUCCUACAAAUCUCCAGAUUUCGCUUAA